AUGGCCGGAUGCUCUCCACGACAAGCAGGCCGCACGCUGCUGCAAGCGUUUCUCGCAGCAGUGGGACGGUUGGAUAAGUCGCUGAAUCCCAAAGAUACCAUUCUGAAACUACGACAACACGUCUUUACCUGGACGGACUUGAUCCACGUCUUCCAUCUCGUAGUUGCGGGAUUUUGGUUGACGAUCAUGCAAUCACCAGGAUUCCCCUUGAAGCUGUUGAUCCCCGUAUUGUACUUCAUUGCAAUCCUCAUUCCUUUGACUUCCCAGUUUUUCAUUCCUGCGACGCCGAUAUUUGCGUAUUUGCUCUCAUUUUACACGUCGCGGUUCAUUCCAACGGAUUGGCGACCGUCCAUCUCGGUUUCUCUGCUCCCCACUCUCGAGUCCGUUCUGUACGGCGCAAAUAUCUCCGACAUCCUCACACGCUUCACACACCCCGUCCUCGACGUAAUCGCGUGGUUCCCGUACGGUGUAGGCCACUUCGUUUUCCCAUUUUUUGUCGCAGCCUUUCUGUGGCUCUUUCGCUCGAAAGAAGCCCUCCAUUUCUUCGGGAAAUCAUUCGGAUACCUCAACUUCCUCGGUGUAUGGAUUCAAAUCAUUCUUCCCUGCGCAGCUCCGUGGUACGAGCUCAUUCAUGGGCUCACACCAGCCGACUACUCGAUGAAAGGCUCCCCCGGCGGCCUAGCACGCAUCGACGCACUUUUCCAUGGGAAUGGCUACACCGUGGCGUUCUCCAACUCGCCAGUCGUAUUUGGAGCCUUCCCGUCUCUGCACUCCGCCUGCGCCACCAUGGAAGCCUUCUACAUCUCCCACUUCUUCCCGCAGUACACCCGCUAUGCCUGGACAUACGCCGGGGUCCUGUAUUGGGCAACGAUGUAUCUCACGCACCACUACCUCAUUGAUGUUGUCGGCGGCGCGUGCUUGGCCACCGCCUUUUUCUACCUCUUCCUUCCUGAGACUCUCAAAGGCCCCGGCGCCACCGCACCUCCCGGAGGUCUCCCGGCACGUUCUCAGCGCAACAAGUACGAAAUCUACGACCUAGAGAUCCCUCGCCGUAACGCCAAUGGCAUCGUGGAUGCGGCCGAUUUUGAUUUGGACGAAGAAAGCGACCACGAGUCUGACGAUGAAGAAGUUGAUAUCACAUAUCGCUCGCCGAAGCCUGACUUUGAUGUCCCUAGCUCUGCCACGCCUUUCGCCCGAGGGCCAAACGGCAGUGCUACUGGUGGAAAGUUCAAGCCAGGGAACGUUAGGGGGCAUCGACACACUGCUAGCAUCGCGAGUUUAAUCAGGGGGGAUGAGAGAACCGAAGAAGGAUGGAGCCCGAGGCCCGGGGUUGGCUUCGUGGUUCCUGGAUCACCUUUGAGGAGCGAGUCCAGGGUGGGUAGGGAUAUGGAAACUGGGCGGUAG